AUGUCUAGACGAUAUCCUGGUGUCUUUCGGCAAGCGCUCGAGGGCACGCUCACUCGCCACUUCGAUAACUUAGCCCAGCGGGCCAGGCAGACACGCGCCGCUGGAGGAGUUCCUAUGAUAGCAAGUGCAGCGGCCUUUGACGAUCACGUAUUCUUGACUCAAGAGCUCCUACCUCUCUACGUCCGUGGUAUCAAUCGCAUGCGCACGUCCUUCCUCCUUCUGCCACCAGAGCUCCUUCGCAUGAUUCUCGACGCCGCGAUUUGGGAAGACCGCAAAAAUCUCCGCAAAUGGUUCCGUUACGGGCACGUCUGCCGCGACCUCCGAUUGGUGCUCUUGGGCAUGCAUGAGCUUUGGGCGCCCGUCGUCUUCGACUGGGGUAACGCUCGUGCUUCUCAGGAGUUUUUGAGACGGGCAUGGCCGGUCCCGAUCAAGGUUAGCAUGUCGCGCAUGGAAUCGGAGGAACAGUUCAGGUUGGCUCUGGGAGUGCUGUUGAGAGCGCGCUCUAUCACACUGGAUGAGGACACAGCAAUACCGGAAGAGACCGCGCUGACUGCUGUCGUCAACAUCCUCCGGCAGAGGCCGUUGCCCCUUCUCGAAAAGCUCAAUCUCGGUAUCAUACACAGUCACGAAACCGAGCUCGAUUCGCCCCUGCUGUCUGCGGACUUCCCGAACUUGAUCGCCCCGCGGUUGCGCAAGCUCAGUCUCAACAACGUGUUCAUCCCGGUCGACAUGUCGCUCCUGACCCACCUGAGGCUCUACUGGUCAAGACCGCCGAUACCGGCCGUAGACGAUGCAGACGUUUUCUUCGAUAUGCUUUCCCGUUGCGGUAAUCUCGAAGAGCUGACGCUGCAGACUUGGCUGCCGUUUUAUGAAGACUUGCGAGAAAUACAGGCGGAGGACCGGCGCCUCACUUUCCCUAGGCUCCGUUACCUCAACUUGAGGCACGAUUUGCAGACCAUCCUCGAGUUCUGGAACAUCAUAUCCAUUCCAGCGUCUGCGGCGCUGGACCUGGAUGCGGCCUAUGGCUCAGAGGGCGACGAUGGUCCCGACACCUUGUUGGAGCACACGCGAUUGCUGAGCGCAUUCAUCGCGAACACGCAAACGGGAGGCGCGUCGAAGAUAUCCAAGAUCGCAGUCUAUAGACCCGGCGACCUUGAGCUCGAGGUACACCUUGGCGCCACAGAAGAUGGUCAGCCGGCCACCCCGGAGCUCGCAUCCAGGCCCCGCCACUCAUCCGAGCUGUCGUGGGACCCUCGGGGCGAGGAGUCCCCACCUUCCACCUUCAAGUUCCUGAUCGACAAGGAAAUGGAGCUCCCCGCAGACCUGGUCGAAUUCCUACGGUGUCUCUGCGACACUCUGAAGCUGCGCGCCGAUAGCAUCGACACGCUCUGUCUUGGACUGGGAGAGGGUUACUUCUCCCUCGCUCCGGAUGGCGACGCCCUUCACACCAUGUUCCCCGCCGUCGCUGAGCUGCAUCCCGAACACAUCGACGGCGCGGACAUCAAGCGCUUGCUCGACGCCUCGAGCGAGCGGGGAUGCCACUACUAUCCAAACUUGCAAGCCCUGCAUUUCAGUUGCUCCGUUCCGUCGGAGAAGUACGACACUUUCGUGGACGUCGUCGAGAGACGCGCGAAGUAUGGAGGCGGGACCUUGCGGUUUGUCUCUGUCAAUGGGAUAAAAGACAUCGACGAAGAGUAUGAGUUGGACAAGGAAGCGCCGCACUUGGACAGGUUCAAGGACAUUGAGCCGCACGUCCAGUUCGAUGUUUACAAACGCAAGUAG